AUGUCUCUUUUGACAGCUUCCAUACUCCUCCAUGCCUUCCUCCUCACCACCCUUCUCCUCGCAACAUCCAUAUCCAUCCCGGUGGAACAUGGCGACGUGAACACGACGACGACAUUUACCAACAGCUCGGCAACGUCGUCCCCUGAUGACAAGGAGAACUUUGAGAUGUACUUCUGCUUCCUCUGCUCGGGGCGCGACCCGCUGCUGAUUCACCACUGCCCCAUCUACUGGGACGAGUGCCACCUCAUCUGCGACGAUGACAUGUCCACCUCCACCACCGUCGAUGCCGCCGUUCCCAUGGCAACUACUGCGCCCCCCGCACCACCAGUGUCGUCGUCGUCGUCGCCGCUAGGGUCGUCGUCGGCCCACCCCAUGGUGCAGGGCGAUGACUGCUACGUCAUGAAGCUCUACAUGUCCGGCCGCUACGUCAUCGUCGAACACCGGCCGUGCAAGUACAUCGCCUGGUGCUUCCUCACCUGCGGCGGCGGGGAACUGGCCGACCGCCGGAAAGUCGUCAUGGGCGGCACUACGACCACAAUGCCGGCGACGAUCCACGGGAGCUUUCUGCCUGUCGAGCUAUGCGGCACGCAGACGCAGGUCCAUGCUCCGUGGGCUCCACCAUCAGCAGGAGUCGUCGUCCCAGCUGGUGGUGCACACUGA